AUGGUCCCGGUGUUGCCAGGUACACAUUCGGACCGCCGCACGCCCCAGGGCCUGAGUUACAGCACCCUGCCUCAUAUCAUUAACGCAGGCGGACAGUAUCUGUACUGUAGGACAUGGGAGGCCGGGCAGAACCCAAGGGCUCUACUGUUUGUUUCACAUGGGCUAGGCAGCCACUGUGGAGUUCUUGGUCCCAUACUGGCCCAGCUUCUCAACAGUCACGGGUUCUUAGUCUUCUCACAUGACCACGUCGGCCAUGGUCAGAGUGAAGGGAAGAGGGUGUAUGUGGAAGACUUUCGUCCCCUCGCCAGGGACCUCCUUCAGCAUGUGGAUAUGAUGGUAGACAAGUAUCCGGGCGUCCCUGUCUUCCUGUUCGGGCAUUCAAUGGGGGGCGCUGUGGCGUUUACAGCGUCCUGCCAACGUCCCGGCUUCUUCCGCGGUAUGGUGUUGACCGCGCCCUGUAUUGAAAACAGCUACACCAAAGCAGAUAUUCUACGUUGGACCUUGAUGUGGACGGUGGCAUACAUAUUGCCCAAUAUGAGUAUAGGACCGAGUCAUACAGCCGGGCUUACAAAGGACAUUGGGAAGGCCAAGAAAUAUGCAGAGGACCCGUUGGUGUUUCAAGAAGACUAUAGGCUGUACUCAUCAUGCCUGUUUCUGCACGCUGUACGGACUUGCGAAGGUCUGCUCCCCUCGGUCGACUGUCCCUUCCUUGUGAUGCACGGGGAAGACGAUGGGCACUGUGACAUCUCGGGAUCAUGGAAAUUAUAUCAACAGGCCAGGGGCACGGACAAGGAACUCAAGACGUACCCCAACUGUCGCCAUGUCCUGUUACUGGAGACGCCUGAAGACGUGGAAAAGAUCAAACAAGACAUACUGGACUGGUACCUGGCCAGAGUAGAUCCUGAUAAAAGCGUGACAUAAGAAACAUUUACUAAGCUCGCCACAAUGACAUGUGAACCACGGUAUGAUGUCCUAUAUAAUUCAGGUAAACGGCACAAAUAAUGUACCUUAUAUAAGAAGGUAAAAAAUAAGAGUACAUUCCCUCAUUACUACAUGUAUUCCAAGUUUCACGUCAUUUGACCUAAAAAUGAACGUAUGACGCACAUGGUGGUAUUUGUGCGUCUUCAGAUGUGGCAAGAAUAAAUAUUCAACAGGAACUAUAGUAUUUUAGGGCUUGACUACUUUGCAUCUUAUGCAUAUUCGAUCAUCAAGUAUGGCUACGAUCACGUUUUCGACACGUGGUGCUGCUAGAUAGACAAUUCUAUUCUCCACAAUGUACUAAUUAUGUGGAAUAUCACAACUGUAGCUUAUGUUUGGAUGACAAGUUAUUUUGACUCCCAGUUUGCCGUUAACUCGACAAUCCUCCAUGUUG